GCCAAGCCUGACUAUUCCGCCUUAAACACACAGCUCCUGCAGGCUCAUCCUCAAAGGAGGAUGCCUCAGUGACCCUCUACACCAGCACAGGGGCUGAUUGCAGGCAAGGAGCUCCUUUGGGUUUUAAUUACAGGCUAAUUUCACUGAAAGUUACCUGUCACAGGUGUAACUGUACAUUUUUUCACUAAAGCCUCAAGGAGUGAAAUUGGUUGGGUCAUUCCUGCUCAGCAAACAACAGGAGUCAGUUUCAGGAAAGGAAACACCCCCUUGCUGCUGCAGGAGGGGCAUAGUGUGAAUUCAGGAAAUUGAAACUAACCCUGUUCCACUGCCCAGAGCGAGCCAUGGCUGCAGAGAACCCCGUGGAAAGUCUCCAGGAGGAAGCUACAUGUCCCGUCUGUCUGGAGUAUUUCACAGAACCUGUCAUUCUGGAGUGUGGGCACAAUUUCUGCCGAGCCUGCAUCAGCCAGUGCUGGGAGGGAUCCGAUACAGCCGCCUCCUGCCCUCAGUGCAGAGAAACUGUGCAGCAGAGAAACCUCAGGCCCAACAGGCAGCUGGCAAAUGUCACAGAAAUCACCAGGCGGCUGAGUUUACAAGCAGCAAAGGGAGCAGGAGCGGACGGGGUGUGUGGGGAACACCAGGAGACUCUGAAACUGUUCUGUGAAGAGGAUCAAACCCCCAUCUGUGUGGUGUGCGACAGAUCCCGGGCUCACCGCGCUCACUCGGUGGUUCCCAUAGAGGAGGCUGCCCAGGAGUACAAGAAAAGAAUAAAGGCCCAUUUGAAGACUCUGAGGGAAGAGAGAGAAAACCUGCUGGGAUUGAAAGUGACUGGAGAAGGGAAUAGCCGGGAGUAUCUGAAACAAACACAAACCGAGAGGCAGAAGAUUGUGUCUGAAUUUCAGCAACUGCGGCAGUUCCUGGGGGAACAAGAGCGACUCCUGCUGGCCCAGCUGGAGAAGCUGGACGAGGAGAUUGUGAGGAUCCAGAAUGAAAAUGUCAGUAAACUCUCCGAGCAGGUUUCCCAUCUCAGUGAGCUGAUCGGUGAGCUGGAGGGGAAGUGUCAGAAGCCAGUGAGUGAAUUUCUGCAGGAUGUCAGAAGCACCUUGAGCAG